AUGAGCAGUAAUAACGAUAGGGAGUGUGGGGUGACUCAGGACCUUGUUUAUCUGCGUUGCUGGAAGAGAGAGCACUCAAAGAGACCUUCGUUCACUCAAGUCAAGGAGAAAUUAGUAGAAAUACAAAAGACAGAGUUUCUGUACACUUCGGAUGAAGAAUUCAAAUCACUUCAAUCAACUUGGAAGAAGGAAGUCAAGAUGAAAUUUAAUGAUCUUAAAAAAGUCGAAUCGGAAGUUGAAAACAAAGAGAAACAUUUGAUACAGCAAAUGAAACUGCAGGAGGAAAGGGUAAUAGCAAUGAAGAAAAAUUUAGAGGAGAAGGAGCAAAGUCUUGUGGAUAUGAUGGAUAAAGUUCAAAAGCAACUUGAGAUCAUUGCAAGAGAGAGGGAGAAAAGACCACCAAGAACAAAGAAGUUUUUUCCCCGUAAGAUGCUCGAGUGGUUAACAAUGUCAUCAAGAGAGCAAAGACGCGCUAAAGCUACUGAUAAUAAGCUACCAAGCAAAACUAUUGAACCGAUUGGGCUCGAUCCACAUAUGAUGAGAGGGAGUCACCGCUCAUCUCUGCCAGUCAUUCAUAAGAGACAGGGAUCUGAUGUUUCUUCAGAUGCAUCAGACUCUGUGUUCCAAAGGAAACCACUUCAGAAAAGAGGCUCAUCACUGAGACAGUCUCGUAAAGACUUUGAUGAAGCUGAUUAUGAUUUGAGAAUAAGAUCAGACAGCGAGCCACGCAAAGCAUAUGGCUCUUAUGCUUUACCCCCUCCACCAAGUUAUGAGACCAACAAUCCGACCAGUUUAGCUCCUCCUAAAGUAGUCCCACCCAAACUAGGCGGAGGACCAAUAACAAUCAGUCCGAGAAGGUCUUCUGAUCGUAGUCCAGUUAUUAGUCCAAAGAACCUCUCUAGGUCUGAUUCAGCUCAGUACUCUCAGGACUCUGGUAAUAGCAUGAGCUGCUCUGAUCCUUCGGGUGGGAGUAAUGAAGUACCCAAUCUUAUAAACUUUGAGGCAUCCUCAACAGUAGUCCGCCAAGAAAAAAGAUCAGUGGCCGAUGAAUAUGAUCCUUUAAAAAACGAUAGUUGGGUCGGGACCCCUACAAAGCGAAUAACAGGAGUAGUAUCCACUACAUCCAUGGACUCUUUGUUCAGCGAUACUUUUAACUCAAUGACUACAACCGCCAGUGGAGGAGGGUUCUCUAUUUCUCCAGACACUAACCAAAUUUCACCCCGCUCCUCACUUACAGCGUCUACAACCAUCGUCAGGAGCAACAAGCCCCUCCCUCUAUCCGAUCAAGCAGCAUUCAUGCAUCAGAGCUCCCUCCCUUCCUCUAACACUUGCCCCAGUCCAAGUAUUGCUAGACCACGCCCCCGUAGUGCUCGUAAUUCUGUAGAUCCUACAGAUAAUAUUAGUGCGCCUGCAUCACGUGCAAUGACUCCUAAAUUAUCCCGUUCCUCACCAAGUGGUUCUGUACAUAGCCUACCACCUUUUAAUGCUUUCCAUGAUACUGAUGUGAAUGAUUUUUAUCCAUUCUUUUCCGAUAGUUCAAAUAGCUCUAGUCUCUAUGAGUUCUCUAUGUUUGAGGAUACGGUAGAUGAUGGUCUUACUAUGAAAUUUAAUAUCGAGUCUUUUAGUCCACCUAGCCUUGAGCCCACAGUGCCUCCAUCAUCAUGAAAUAACAGCUAGGACAUUAGACCAUUUAUUAUUAUUAUUAUUAUUAUUAUUAUUAUUAUUAUUAUUAUUAUUGUUAUCAUUAUGCACUCACUCAAUGUAUCUAUUUUGUGUAUUGUGUGUAGAUAUUUUAUGUCAUCAAUUAAUACUGCUACUGUAAAUGUCAUAAUAGAGACUAAUAUUUAAUGCAGACUGAUAAGGCUCAUCCACCAACGAGCAAUGUUUUGGUUAUAAAGUAUUUGUUAACAUGUAA